AAGAUAUGGACAGAAUCAGCGGGUUAUGUGAUGAGCUGCUUAUUAAGAUAUUAUUGUAUGUUCCGACUAAAGUUGCUGUAUCCACUAGCAUUUUGUCUAAACGAUGGGAGUAUCUUUGGAUGUGGUUGCCUAAACUUGAUUACGAUAGUAGGUAUGAUUCACCCUCUGAAUGCAAGAGGUUAGGGUGUUUUCUUGACAAAAAUCUGCCAUUGCAUAGAGCUCCGGUUAUAGAAAGCUUCCGUCUUAACUUUAGUAGUUCAAAACUUAAACCUGAGAGUAUCAAGAUGUGGGUUGUAAUAGCAGUUUCUCACUGCUUACGUGAGCUUGAGAUUAUUUAUGAUUCUUAUACGGAGAAGCCAAACAUAUUGCCGAGUAACUUGUAUACCUGCAAAUCGCUCGUGAUCUUGAAGCUGAAAGGCGAUAUUCUCUUGGAUGUUCCUCGAGUGGCUUUUCUUCCCUCUCUGAAAACUAUGCAUCUUCGAAGUGUGAGAUACCUUAAUGUUGAAGAAUCUCUUCACCGGCUUCUAUCUAACUGCCCUGUUCUUGAUGAUUUAUUGGUGGAUCUAUGUGAGUAUGACACCAUGGGAAAGCUAACUGUUGUUGUCCCAUCGUUGCUGAGUUUAUCACUCUAUAUACCUGAUUAUUAUGAUAUAGAUGGGAUUGUGAUAGACACUCCUUCGUUAAAGUAUUUUAAACUGAGAGAUCAUAAUAUAAAGAGUCACUACUGUUUGGUGGAGAAUAUGCCAAACCUGAUCGAGGCAGAUUUAGAUGUUGAAUUACCUUACAUCAAGAGUGUUGUUCGAUCGAUCACAUCUGUCAAGCGUCUUGCAAAAUGUUCAGAGGCUAUGUAUGGUCAAGGUUUUGUCUUCAACCAGCUUGUACAUUUGGAGAUAUGUAUGUGCAAAGAGCAUUCGUCGGAUUUACUUGUCCCACUGCUCAGAGAUUCUUCUAGCUUACAAGUACUAGACCUUAUCCUUAUAGAUUAUCAUGAAGAGAUUAGUGAAAUGGAAUACUGGAAUCAACCAAGUACUGUUCCUGAAUGUGUGUUGUCGAGGCUACAAACUCUCGACUGGUCAGUAUACAGAGGAACACCGGGAGAGAGAGAUCUUGCAGUUUAUAUCUUAAAAAAUGUCGUUCACUUCAAGACUAUGAAAAUCACGUCAUGUGAAAUGGAUGUACAACGACAAUUUGAGAUGAUUAAGGAGUUGGCACUUUCUUCAAGAGCUUCAACAACAUGCCAACUCGUGUUUGAUUGAGAUCAUUGA